AUGAAGCUUGCUGUUCUGCCACUUACAACUGUGGCCGCUUUGGGAGCUGGUCCAGGUUCCGCCUCGGUCACCAAGACCAAGCAGACCUGUGACGAUACUCCAUGCGCUAAUGGUGGAACUUGUGUUCCAAGUGAUAUCUACAACCGAGGAUUCUUCUGCCGUUGCGAAGAUGGCUGGACCGGAAUCUUCUGUACAGUCGCACCACCAAAAGUCGUCUGUGGCGAUUCCUUCAUGCAGGUGAACGUGAAAAAAGACCUCGUCACCGAGCACGAUCUUGACGAUUCCGUCGAGCACAUUGGCUUCCGAGGAAAGGGAACUGGCUGCACUGUCACUGAAGAUGGCGACGAGUACACUCUCCGAAUCAACUCUCCCUUCUCCCAGUGCGGAACCGUCACCAAGCACGAAGGUGGCGAUUACGAAUACACCAACGCCGUCGUCUACCGACAACAGCGAAAGGGUCUUCCAUCCGAAGAAGCUGUCGAGAUGACUUUUGACAUCGUUGAGUUCAAGUGCACUUACGAAGAUGAGUACACCGUCCACUCGGAUGCUCUCACUCCCGCCGUCACCACUGUCGAUCAUAAAUCCGACCUCGGAGAUUUCACCGUCGAGAUGGCCCUCUUCAAGGAUGAAGGUUUCAUGGAGCCAUACCCCGAGAACCCAGUCAUCGCCAAGAAAUCCGAUGUUUGUGUCAAGCUUUCUCUAACCAACACCAUCCGAGACGAUCUCGUCCUCACCGCCAACAAAUGCGCCGCUUAUUCCAACAUGGACGGCACUGGUCUCCAAAACACUCUCAUCAACGACCGAUGCUCAAAGGUUGACGACGUCACUGUCCAGCUCAUCCAGAACGGUCUCUCCAACGAUGUGAAUUUCUGCUUCCAGAUGUACCAGUGGACCGAGAAGAUGGACCAGGUGUACAUCUCCUGCGAAGUCGAGGUUUGCCAGAAGGCCGGUCCAGGCAUUGCCAACCAGUGUGUUUGCAUGGCCAACGACAUCAACUACGAUGACUACUACUACGUCAACUACUACUACAUCAACUACAUUGAUGAACUUUACAACGACCAAUACGAUACUGGCCGAAAGCGAAGAGCUGCGGAAGAGCCAGUUGAGAGUCCUGAAGCACCAAAGGGCAUGUACAAGCCCGAGAAUGCUUUCAACAGCACCAUGUCUAUCACCGUCGUCGACGAAAUGAGCCCCGAAGAGCUCAAGAAGCGCGCCGAAGUCAUGCGAGAAGGACAAUUCAAUGUCAUCUCCGAAGAGAUCCUCCGCGCCGAGAUUGAAGAAAUUGCCCAAGACAACAACCAAAUUGUUAUGAUGAUCACCAUCGCCCUCGUCGUUGCCGUCAUUGCUCUCGGCAUCUGCGUCGGUGUCUACGUCCAAUGCAACCGACGAUACAACCAACAACGAAAUAAGAUCAGAGAAAUGCGAAAAGUCAAAGAGUUUUACAACGGAGUCCUCAAGCCAUACAACCACCCCACUCACUUGCCUCAGCAGACUCCUACUGAGAGCCAGUGA